CAGAUGGCAGCACGGUAACGAAUAGAAAAUUAAUUAGAAUACAUACCGAACCAAAAUGGUAUUAGAAGUUGAAAUAGUUGGAAACAGAAAGUUGUUUUUCGAAGUGGAUUAAAGCGAUGACAUAUUUUUCUGUGUACAUAACAAGAGGUAGUUAAGCGUGAGAAGUAGAGUUAUUUCUAACGAAUCUGUGUUGCCAAAUUACAUAAUAAUUUCAUUAACUAAAUUAAAUAAGUAACAUGUUAGAAAAAACCGAAGAGAACGUCGACAGUGAUAGCAAUCUUGUCAGGAUAAAGUUGAUAGCUGAUAAAAGGACAAUUUUGGAAAAGCAAUUUCUUCAGGUACAAGAAGAAAUAAAAAUAUGCUUCGCUCAGUUAGCACAAACGGUGCGUGCCAGGGAGAAACAACUUUUACGACAAUCGGAAGCGAUUUAUAGGCAACAAUUAUCUUUGGCGUUGUCCAGUCAUGAAAUUCUCUCUCCAUCUAUAGUGGUAUUAAAUGAUAGAGACAUCUUGGAUGAACAAAUUAAACAAUUUGGAAGGAUAGAAUUGACAGGAUCUAACACGACGGUGAUAACUGAUUUGGAACCAUAUAAGAUCGAAGAAUAUCAAGACAUAAAUAAGGAUCACGUAUCUUUCGACAAGUCUAUCAAAAAUUCCGAGACUCUUCCCAAUACAAAAAAUGAAUUUCCUAUUAUAACAGAAGAUGAACAAAUAGAUAAUAUUCCUAUAGUAUUAAAGUCGUCUAGUGUAACAAAUUUAACAGGAACUUCUGCUUACACUACUAGUUCACACGAAACAAGUUUUGAAAAAGAUGAACAUUGUUUAAAAUUAAAAGACACAUCUAAAACUGGGAAAUUCGAGAAGGUCGAGGAUUGCGUUUCCCAAGUCACUGAUUUAAACGAACAAGAGAGUACGAAGAAUUGUCGAAAUUCAGGCAAAAAUAUCAUAGAGGAUCAACAGAAUCAUGGACACACGGAGCAAGUACAACAGUGGUUAGAUCAGAUACUUCUCGAGACGGAGAUAGAACCGACCAUUCACGAGAUGGAAAAGUUACCUGAAAUAUCAGAAGCUUAUGUCUGUACCAAGUUCCAAGUAGAAACAUAAAUGAUUAGAUUUAUUAUAUAAAAAACAAGUUGCUCAUCCCCGUACUCUGUAAUUUUGCGUUUUGUAACUUUACAAAACCAGGAGUAAUAUUUUUUAUAAUUACGCUAUUUAUAUUUACUUUAUAUUAUUUAUUUAUAUACUAAUAUUAACGAAUUACAAAAUGUUCUUAGUAGCUAUAAUGUAAUAAUAUCAUUUAUCAGUAAGCAGGUUUGUACUUUUAUUAAUACUGAAGAACUACUAAUCGUAAACAUUUUUUAAUUAUCAAUCACAUAUCUAAGGUAACUGAAUAAAAAAGUAUGUUACAAAUAUCUUACUUCGAUGUCAUAAACAAUGAUAAUAAAAUAACAUAAAGUUCGUAACUACCAGA